CAUUGGCUCAUUUACGCUCGUAAAUUUUGCUGGAUUAGUCGGCUCGACAAAAUAUUUAGUUAUAAAGAGUAAAUAUUUAGCUCACUCAGUGGUGGCCUGCGUCUUGAGCAAUAUAUAUCCAACCUCCAAAUUAUCGUACUUUCUAUAAAAAAUUGGAAUUUGCUCCCUCGUGUCUCAUAUUUGGCAAUAUGCUUAAACGAUAUAAUUCACAUAUAUUUUAGUUUGGAAGUUAAAUUAAUUUUCACAUCUAUAUGUAUGUGAAUUCCAUUAUUUGAGCAUAAGUUGCCAAAAAUGCACAAAAUCCCAAUUUUUAAUAAGAUUUAGCUCACAGAUUAGGAUAUAAGAGAUGAACUACUAGUCGUCUUUGUUAAGCAAGUAAGGUGGAUGAUUCUCCUAUGCGACUCUGAGAGGUCUCUGUAAGCCGUCAAUGUUAACUAAAUGACAAACUCACAGAGUUAACUCCUACGCCAUCUAUGACAUGCAUAGGAUCAUCUCAUUCAGCCCAAACCUGUAUCCUUAUCAUCGUGGUAGUUAAUCAUUCGUAGCUAGAGCGCGCACUAAUACAAACUCUUACGCAUUUUGUAUUUACCAAUGCUGAGAUCCUACCCAUUGAUUUAGCUACACAGUUUUGCCAUGGAGUCGUCGCAAAAUACGAUCAGAGCUUCACAAGAUAAUUCUGCCUACGAAAUCGAAGAAGAUGAACUCGUGGAUAUCAUAAAGAACAAAGAAUUCUUAGCAGAUUCCUUCAUCGACGAGUACGUGGCACGCAAGAUUGAACAAGACCCAGAUAAAGAUAGAUAUGGCUACAUUAGCAUAGCUGUUACAAAACUUUUACAAAAACCCGACAACAAAAACAGUACUACCCAAGACGAGUCGAUUUUUUCAAAAGAGCUAACUCGUGUUCAAAAUUGUUCGUAUGUAUUCAUUCCGGUCCAUGAUGUGAAUCAUUUCUACUUACUGGAACUGGACAAUAACAUACAUGAACAUCAUGUAAUAUUUAACAUUCUGGACAGCCUGCCUCAUGAGCCUCGUUACAAGUCGGCGGAAGUUUUGUGUAAAAAAAUUGCAAGGCUGGUAAACACCUCAUGGAAGAGUAGUGUUACGUGGAAAAAGGAAAGAAGCCCAUGUCCUCAACAACAGAAUGGAUACGAGUGCGGCUAUUUCGUCAUUCAAAAUAUAAUGUGGAGGCUUUACGACAGUUUUUUGUGUGGAAACAGAAGAUUUACGGAGCUGGAUCUCGCUGUUCUAAAGCAGGAGAUAUUAAAGGAAUUCUUUCCGCUAGUGGUCAUCUCCAGAAUUAAAAACGAUGGGCGCAAAAAGAAACCAAAAAAGGCGCGAGGAGGAAAUAAAUCAGAUAAUCUGGAAGGGGACAAACUUGAAGAUAAUGACAAAUCCGAUUCUGGUGGGGAGGAUGAAGCCAGCAGUGUGGAGGACGACGAAGAGACUACCGAUGACACACGUGGAAAUAACCCCCUACCUUACGUAAACAUCCAUAGAAUCAACAUUAACAGUGUGAAAGUCGACCUUCUCAAAAAUUUUCCGAAAACAAGCUUCAAGUUUAAGAAAGUCGAGAACCCGACUUUGGACGACAUACCAAUGCAGACUAUAAUCAAUAGAAUUUUGAAGCUGGACGACGACACGGUCACAUCUGCAUACUCCCUGACCCAAAGAAGAAUAAUACGAGAAAUUCCGUACGGGAAAAUCGAGAAAACGGUCUCCGUGGAUGUCUACUGGACGCAAAAAGAGAAAGAAAAAAUUGACCCAUGCCUCAACUCGCUUGUUAAUGUAAAACUCACGUCUGGCGGAGAAGUAUCAACCGUAACUUUUAUCCCAGUGGAAACCUCCCUUUAUGCCAUUACGUCCAACAAAGCUUACUCCUUGUUCAAAAAAUUUGCUGAUUUUCAAUUCUUGAUAAAAGUUCCCGAACGCAUCCUCACCAGCAAAGGAGCGAAAUGUUACCAGGUUAAGUCCUUGGUGGGAGGCCGGAGAUCGGAAGACGUCACGGAGAAAGCUCACGUGGAUUUGAAUGCUUUGCAGGUCGGACAAAUUUGCCAGAGUUACAGUGCAAUGCUGAAACAGAAAUCGAGGAAAAUUCUAUUUCCCACCUAUGAAAAAGAUAUCCACGUGGAAAUUGGCGUUUAUCGGAUCAAGUUUCGUGCCGAAUUAACUUUGAAACAAUUGUUGUACGCCAUUUUCAAGCUGGAACGUAUUUACGCAGGAAACUACCCUAAUCAGUUGAAAAUUUCCCAAGCCUUGUCACGCGUCACGUUACCAGUCGACUUAUCAACGAAUAGCGUAUUGAACGAACUGUUUUUAGAGGAGUGCGUGAAAUUUUUGAAUAAUGAUCCCCCUGCCCAAGAGCUUACAUCGUUUUUGAAGAACUUCGACCUAUGUGAUACUUGGGUGAAGGAAUACUCGCAAGCGGCCGAGGUAAAUUUACAUUACAAGGGGAUUAAGCCGGUUAACCUAGGGGCAGACCCCAGCUUGACAUAUUUGCUGGAGACGUUUAGAGACCAAUUUGAACUAGAGGAAGGAAGUAGUUGGUCUAAGGAUGAGUUAAAGGGGAUCCAAAUGUCUUUCAAAUACGAAGCACAGCGAGCCAAGAACAAGCCAUUUAUUUCAUACGUAAAUGGUGUCAUGUAUCGAAAAAGUGAUCAAAACCACUUUUGGCGGGUUAACAACAUUUGGUACUACAUCACGGAUGACACAAUCGUUAAUUCCCAACGCCAGUUUCAGAAGGUCUUAAAAAAUCACCUGUUACCUCAUUCUGAUCCCAUUUCCUUACAGAAAGAAUGGAUUCACGAGGAAAAGGUUGGAAAAGAUGGUAAAAAACGAAUCCAGGCAGAAGACGAAGGUAAUUAUAAUACCCUCUACGAGAAGGAACCCAAUUAUUACGUUGGUGAUAAAGUAACGCCAAGAAGUAUUGAAUAUUUCGAUAUUAUUUGGACCCCAAAUAACCCUUAUGAUUCAUACUUAUACCACGUGAAACACGGAUUUGAUCACACUACUCGCGACGCUUGUUCUCAGCUCCGGAAUUGCGCCCAACUCUUGGAAGACUUAGCUUUGUCGCAGAGUUCGGGGAAAAUGAAAGGUUCGAAAUUAGAUGUGUAUGCCAAGGAAAGAAUAAAGAAGGUGGGAAAGGGGAAAGACCAAAAAGUGGUCAAACUACCACCAAUUUUUAAAACUAAGGAGCAACUGCUUGAAGUAUUCGGACUGGGAGCGGAUAACCCGAGGCAACGAGUUUAUGUGAUGGGCUUACUGCCAAACCCGAGGCUAGAACGUGACAGAAACCCUCAACCAAUGGAGAAUUUGACGGACAGGGACAGAGUUAGGUCGCUCCAUUUGGAAAAAAUUGUCAAGUUGGAAUUUACCGCAAAGAAUAUAAUGGAUCGGAUGAAUCUGAAACGUUUGUCGGAACACAGGGAGGAACUGGUCAAAGCGUUUGGACUGGACGGGGGAGCCUUAGCUGUUAAAAUAUGUGAACUACUCGUAAAACAUGAUUUUGCAGAUUUACGAAAAGGAAUAUACUAUACGAAGGCUAGGCUACUACUUAUCGAAAGCAAGGAAGAUUUUAGCCAAGUUUUCUCCUCUGCACAAGAUGGCCAACAAACAAGUAAAAGAAAAAAAGGAAACAAGGAUAAUUUUUGCAAAGCCAUGAUGUUUUUAAUGGAUGAGUACAGAACUUAUUUCGAUUCCUUGGGUGCCAAGAUGGAAAUCAUUAAUUUGGAGCGACAACUUAGAAUACGGAUAACACCAGAACAGUUCAAGAUUUCGGAAAUAUUAGGGAAGUUCGGGAAAGUUAAGGAGAAACCAAAAAAUUAACCCAUGUUAGUUUUCCAGAUCAAGUUGUGCAUCUUUCGCUCCGGCCACCAACAGUGUAUCUAAAUAUAAACUGCCUAUGGAAUCAACUCUUAUGUACAUAUUCAAGACAACGCAAGGAUUUUUAAUCAAAGUUAAAUAUUACUAAACAUACAUGUAUGUACAUGUAUUUAUGUAUGUAAAUAAGAAAUAACUCUUAAUAAAUAUGAUAAAUAUUUAGUAAUUGUUUGUUUCUUAACCAAGUCAUCACAAAAAUUUGUUACAUUGGAAUUUAAAAUUAA